AGCUACGCUGUUUAAUCUCCUCAUUCAUUCAGUCCGUAUCGAAGCGCAAUAUCCAGCGGAGGUUCAUGUCACAAUGUAAAGAUAUUAGUUUGUUACUGAGGACUGUCUGAAGUGACCGCUUUAAUGCGCUGUCAGUCUGUCAGUCUGUUCUUUGAAACAGCGGUUGUCCUCUUAUUCAGAUCUCUUACAGCAUCCAGUCAGAAUAAACCUGCUUGUCCAGUUUCUUCUGUGACGUUCACGUUUAGAACACUGAGACUUCUGAACGUCAUCAACAUAUUGUCCCUUUACGUCAAUAAUGUGUUUUAUUGGCCUCCAUGUUUAAGGAGCAUUAUGCUGUCCAAGAGCCGUCGACUGAUUCGUUGUAAUUAAUGUGCACAAUAAUAAUGAUAAUGAUAAUAAAAACCAAAACCUGCGCACAUUAAAACCAGGCGCGUGCGUGUGAUCAGAGCCUCCUCGCGAGGGAGCAACUCUGCUCCGCGUCCACACAUGCGAUCCCACCUCCGGAGGCUGUUUGCUUUGUGCGACUACGAAGUUAAAAGACAAAUGUACACAGACCUCCAGGCAGACCGUAGUAACACGUACGCACACUCGUCCAUGAGAAGCACAGCUGCACAUAAGUUAACUCUCCCGGGCUCUGACUGGAGCUGCUCUUAUACAGGUCCAUUCUAAUGAGUUGUGUUGGAUGCGGCGCGAGUAUGGCAGUGAGUGACCCACGGAUAGUGAUAAUAGGAUCCGGGAUAUCAGGUCUAGCAGCGGCUCACCGGCUCGUUAACACGGGAUUUCAUCACGUGAGGAUACUUGAAGCGACUGCAAGAAGCGGAGGAAGAAUAAAGACCGGCAGACUAGGUCAUAACAUUACAGAAAUAGGUGCAACUUAUAUCCACGGUCCAUCUGAGGGGAACCCAGUGUUUUGUCUGGCUCGGGACUAUGGCCUCCUGUAUCCAGAGGCCCUCACCCCAGAGAACCAGGCAGGGAACUUUGAUGGAUGUCCUCCCCAGGUUCCCAACUGGUUCAGCAGUUCAGGUCAGAAGCUCAGUGCUGAACUCAUGAAACCUGCUCUGGAGAUGUUUGCUGAGCUAUUGGAUGAUAUUUUUCAAUUUGAGAAUCAAGGAGAAACGCUCUGGGCCAGCGUAGGACAUUACAUACGAUCAGAGGCACGACAGCGAGCAGCAGCGAGGUGGACAGAUAAAAGCACCAGGGAGCUGCUACUGUGUGCGAUCAGUGCCAUGUUGAAGAUAGAGUGCUGCGACGUUGCGACUGCCUCCAUGGAUGAGAUAGACCUGGCGGGAUAUAAUAUCCACAAGGGUCUACCUGGACUGGACUGCGCAUUCCCAGGUGGCUUCGAGGGCCUAAUCGAGAACUUGAUGUCGGAGCUCCCCAGUGGUUUAGUGACUUACAGUCGGCCUGUUCGCUGUGUCCACUGGAACAACACAGAGAGCGGAGGAAACACUGUCACGGUUGAGUGUGAUGACGGGGAGAAGAUCGCUGCUGAUCAUGUCAUCGUCACAGUACCUCUGGGAUACCUUAAGAAGCACCAUUCAACCCUGUUCUGUCCUCCUCUGCCGGCACACAAGCUGAACUCCAUCCAGAGACUAGGAUUUGGAACAUGCAACAAAGUAUAUGUAGAGUUUGAAUCACCGUGGUGGGAUGCUGACUGUGAGGUCAUCUACCUGGUGUGGAAAGAUGAGGUUAGCCAUGAACCACAGAAUAAAUUUUCCUGGAUAAGAAAGAUGUCAACAUUCGAUGUGCUCAAACCCUCUGAAAGGUAUAGCCAUGUUCUCUGCGGCUGGAUCGCCGGGCACGAAUCAGAGUAUAUGGAGACACUUCCUGAGCAGGAGGUCAGACUUGCCAUCACGGAGCUCAUCCGUACAUUCACAGGAAACCCUACCAUCACCCCGAGGAGAAUCCUGCGCACCCAGUGGUUUCAUGACCCCUGGACAUGUGGAUCUUACAGUCACACAGCAGUAGGCUGUUCGGUGCAGGACCUGGAGAACAUGAUGGAGGCCCUGCCUAUGAAGGGAUCACAGUCACAGCCCCUGCAGCUGUUGUUCGCUGGAGAGGCUACUCAUCCCUACUACUACUCCACCGUCCAUGGAGCUCUUCUCACUGGGUGGAGAGAAGCUGACAGACUCAUCUCUCACUACUAUCCACCAGUCCAUGUCCAGAUCAAAAAUUGUAAGAGAUGAACACAUAUGCAUUAAACAAAGUUUUUCCCCAAAAAA